AUGGGAAGAGUAGAAGAUAUUUUACAAGUUAUUAAAGAUGAUGAAAAAAUCGAUGGUAAAACAUUAAAAGUAGUAGUGAUGACAUUGUAUAAAGUCUUUUUAUUAGAAAAUUCAAAUAUACAAGAAGAAAUAAAAACUAUAAAAGAGAUAUUAAAAAGACAUAAUGAAGAAAUUAUAUCUCUUAAAAACACAGCCAAAAACAACCAAGAAGAAUUUACUAAAACUAAUGAGGGUAUUAAAAAAUUAAUAAAUUAUAUUAAAAAUACACCAAUUUCAAAACAAGAUUAUAUUUCUUCUGAAAAAGAAAAUAAAUGUCAGCCAAUAAAAGAAAUAAUUAGUACAUCUUCUUUUCCUAUAACUCCUCGUUCACAAAAUAAACAAUCAGAAUUUAAACCUCUUCAAACAACUAAAAUUGAUGAACAAAAUAAAGUAAUUAUUUCACAAAUUCUUAAAGAAAAAAGAAAUGAUGUCGAACCAUUUAUUGGAACUAAAGAACAAUAUAAUAUUAUUGGUAAAUUUACUCAAACUAUUACUGAGUGGGUUGGAUUAUCAAAAUGCAAAGUUGUUUAUGACUCUCUUUCUGAAAGAAGUAUUAACAAAGAAGAAACAAAUAAGUCAUUUGGAGAACAUGUUAUGAAUAAACCAAAUAUCUGUUUUUUUAAUUUUGAUGAAAACGAAAAUAUAUUUGGUGUUUUUACUUCAAAAGGAAUCACUGAAUUUGAUUCAGAAGAACAUGAUGAUUCUAUUUUUUGUUUUUUAGUUAAAACAAAAAGAAUUGUUAGUGUUCCAAAAAAAUGGAGUAUUAAAAAGUCAAUCAAUUGUGCUAUUUCUAUAAAACGAGAUAGUUCUGUUUUAUAUUCAUUUGGUCAAACUACUGGAAAUGGGUUUGUUGAAAUUGCUAAAACAUGGUUAAAACAAAGUUGGUCACAUAAUAUUUCUUCUUCUUUUCUUGCAAUGAAUGAAAAUGCUUUAGUGGGUUCUAAUGAUUCAACAUUUACAGUACAAAGAAUACUUGUUUUAGAAUUUUAUUAA